AUGCCUCAUCAGCAAGACACUAUCGAUCCUGCCAGGGCCAAUUUCUUCCAUGAACUGAAGGAGGCUGUUGGUACAGAUGCUUUGCAAACCAUUGACCCUAAGAGCUUUAAGGCUUCUCAACUAAAGAACCAGCAGCCCAGAGUUAGCGCCUCUGAUACCGGACCAGCAAAAUAUUCAUGCUCAACGCAGAAGCCUAUGCCAGUGAAUUUCGGAGGCAGUACUAAUGUCGCAGCACUUCAAGUUGGGUUCGGUAAAAUCAUACCCCGCUGGAAGACCGGCCCGAAUAAAACCGUCAACUUUGCCGCUUUUGAGAGCGGAUAUCCAGACCCAAGUUUCGCUUUGGUCGCUGCCAAUGCUUUAAAGGAAGCCGCCGACGAAUGGAAUGGACUGGAACUCGGCGUGCAGUUCAAAUGGGUUGCUAAAAUUGAGGAUGCUGCAUUCGUUCUUUCCUUCGCAAAUAGUGAAAACGAUGGAGUCCUUGCUCAGGCGUUCUUUCCGAAUGAGGUUGAUCUGAACGUUCUUAACGUAUACAAGGCAGCAUUCCAGCCGGGAACUGUGCAGUAUCUAAAAAAUAUCUUUCUGCACGAGCUUGGUCAUGUCUUAGGUUUCCGUCACGAGUUCGCACCAGAGCUUGAGGAUACGACAAACAACUAUACCGUACAGAUUGGUCCACGUGACCCGCUCUCAGUGAUGGGAUACGAAUUCCCUCCCCAGAUCCAACAUUCCGAUAUCGAGAGCGCUAAAGCUUUCUAUCAGUUCCCCGGAACAGGACUAGGAUUUAAAGAGGGGCGUGCUAGAAAUCCACCAAAGAAUGUGUUGCAAAUCAAGGACUACAAUGCAAAUAACUAG